AUGGCAGGCAGAAAACGGGUAGCAGCUAGCCGCGCAGGCGCAUCACGACAGACACGUGGGUCUGCUGCCCGGGGUGGCCCUCCGGAUGUCUAUCGAGAGAUGCUAGCCGAUGUUGACGUUCGCGCAAUCGCUGAUCCCGAGGAACCGCCGCCGAAGCGCAGACGUCGUCCUGGCGAGAAGAGCACUCCGACGCAACCCUCGAAGCCGAGGCCGAAGACCCAACCGCCGCCCCCAGAGGCGCCUGAGAGCGACGAGGAUGAUGGGGACAUACAGUUCGAGGAUGUGGCUAUACCCGUCGCCACUAUCCAGACCAUGUUCCGAGAUUCGGAGGAAGAAGACGACGACGACGACGACGACGACGAUAACGAUGACGAGGAGGACCUUCAGUUCGAAGAUGUCGAUCUCUCAUUCCCAGAUCUGAAUUUCAACAACACAGAACCGGAAAAAGAAGAACCCAAGGACUUGGUGCUCAACCUGACAGCUCGUGCCACUGAGAAGCUACGACACGUUGCUGAGCGGCGGAAACCAAUCAACAGGCCAGAGAAGGACCGCCGAAUUGAGAUCCACAAGACACACUUGCUCUGCUUGUUGUCACACGUUGCGCAGAGGAAUCGAUGGUGUAACGAUGCAGAAGUUCAACGGACUCUCCGCAGGCUUUUGAACAGAGAGAUGGUAAAAUACUUGAACCCGGGGCGGGAUCUCACCCAAUUUGGCCAAACGAAUUCUCUCAAGACGGGCUUGCAGAAAGUUGAGAUCAUGUUCAGGACACGGUACGAAAUCACGGAGCGUGGGAUUCGUCGUGCCCUCUGGGCCGAUAAAGAAGAGCACCUGAAAGAGUAUCGUAUGCCAAGUGAUGCAGAGUCACCAAUGGAAAGGCCCGAGUUUCGCGAGGCGGCAAAGAAGCUUAAAGGCUCACGUGAUGUCGGGGCUCAACUAUACUGUGCUCUGCUCAGGAGUGCUGGUGUUGAAGCCCGGUUGGUUUGUUCACUCCAGCCGUUGACAUUCGCGUCCGGGGGGCCUUCCAUGUCCAAGCCGCCGAGAUCAAGGCAGAAGUUAUCCCUGGAAGAACAAUACGCAAGGCGGCCAAAAUACGACAGCAGCUUUGACAGCCCUGCACUGAACACGACUUCCCCUAUUCGCCGUCGGAUGGGUCAUCCCAAUGCUACCGCGUUCAAUGUUCCAUUGGCGAGUUCACCGAUUGCCUCGGCCCAACCAUCAGAAACUACGAAAAAGAUCCGCGAGUGCCCGUUUCCCGUAUACUGGGUCGAGGUGCUUGAUGUGGCGCAUCAGAAAUGGCAGCCCGUUGACCCCUUGGUCACCCAGUCAUUCUGGAAGCCGCAACUCUUCGAGCCUCCUGCUAGUGAGCGUGAGAACUGUAUGACCUAUGUUGUAGGAUUUGAAGCCGAUGGAACGGCCAAAGAUGUCACGCGGCGUUAUACGAAAGCAUAUAACGCCAAGACACGGAAGCUGCGUAUCGAGAGCACCGCAGCAAACGGUGACAAGUGGUGGAGGAAAGCACUCAAAGCGUACAGGCGCAGAUAUCCAACGGACUUGGAUCAGAUUGAGAGCAAUGAGUUGGCUGCUGCGGAGGCGAGGGAACCAAUGCCUCGUAACGUGGCUGACUUCAAGGACCAUCCCAUUUACGCGCUUGAGCGACAUCUGCGGCGGCACGAAGUCCUUGUACCGGGUGCGACAGCAGCGGGCACAGUAGGCGCCGGUAGUAAAGGCCCGCUGGAGAGGAUCUAUCGACGAAAGGAUGUACGCAUAGCGCGUACGCGAGACAAGUGGUAUCGGAUGGGAAGGGAGGUACUUGGCGACCAGAUCCCGGUCAAAUUCCUCCCAAAACGACUAAAGAAAAGGUCAGAUCUCUUCGGAGACGACGAAGAGUUAGAGGAUGGCAAUGAGGAGGACACUGUUGGCACUCCCAUCUUCACUAUGGAUCAAACCAUCCUCUACAAGGCCCCGCCAGUCGUCAACGGUGUCGUGCCGAAGAACAGGUUCGGCAAUCUAGAUAUAUACGUCCCCAGCAUGGUUCCUGAGGGUGGUGCGUAUGUUGCCGAUGAUCUAGGCGCCCAGGCAGCAUUCACCCUCGGGAUCGACUAUGCUCCCGCACUCACGGGUUUCUCAUUCAGAGGGCGUAAGGGAACUGCCGUGCUCUAUGGAGUAGUCGUGGCAUCUGAGCAUGAAGAAGCAGUGCGGGCAACGAUCGAGGGCCUCAGAGAUCAAGAAGCCGAGUACGAACAGGAGAGGAGAACGCGUGAGGUGCUCAAGACUUGGAAGAGGUUCCUAAUGAACCUAAGGGUGCGCCAGCGAAUCUGGGCCGGUGUGGAUGAGGACGCGGAAGCGCGAGAGGAGGUGGUUGAGGAUCUAGCCCACGAGCAAGAUGAUCAAAUGGAGGAGGACGAGGAGGAUAGGGCGUCAGCCAAUGAGAGUGGCGAUGACUUCGCUGGUGGCUUUAUAGUGGAUGAGGAUGCCGACUAUGGGCCUGGAGGCUUUUGA